UCUCCUUCGGCCACUUCUCGCAGGCGGGACGCGCCGUGCCGGUGCCUGUUGCUGCUGCUUUCGGUCUCCGCGCUUCUCCCUGCUGUCACCUGGACCCGCUCCACGACAGAAUUGGCUUCCCAGGGCCACCUGGACCUCACGGAGCUCAUCGGCGUCCCGCUGCCCUCAUCCGUGUCCUUUGUCACCGGCUAUGGUGGCUUCCCGGCCUACAGCUUUGGGCCUGGCGCCAACGUUGGCCGCCCAGCCAGGACCCUCAUCCCGCCCACCUUCUUCAGAGACUUUGCCAUCAGCGUGACGGUGAAGCCCAGCAGCGCCCAAGGAGGGGUGCUCUUUGCUAUCACAGAUGCCUUCCAGAAGGUCAUCUACCUGGGCCUGCGGCUCUCGGGCGUGCAGGAUGGCCACCAGCGGGUCAUCCUCUACUACACGGAGCCUGGCUCCCAGGUGUCCCACGAGGCUGCCGCCUUCCCGGUGCCUGUGAUGACCCACAGGUGGAACCGCUUUGCCCUGGUUGUCCAGGGCGAGGAAGUAACUCUCCUCGUGGACUGCGAGGAGCACAGCCACGUCCCCUUCCCGAGGUCCUCCCGGGCCUUGACCUUCGAGCCCAGUGCAGGAAUCUUCGUGGGCAAUGCAGGAGCCACGGGGCUGGAAAGAUUCACCGGCGCCAUACAGCAGCUCACCGUCCACCCCGACCCCAGGACUCCCGAGAUGCUGUGUGAAGCUGAAGACUCCUCGGCAUCGGGAGAGACCAGCGGGCUUCAGGAGACAGACGAAGUGGCUGAGAUCUUAGAAGCUGUCACCUUCACUCAAGCCCCGUCUAGAGAAACAGAAGUGGAACCCAUAAACACACCUCCAACUCCAUCCCCUCCCUCUGAGGAUGCGGAGCUUUCCGGCGAACCUGUACCUGAGGGGACCCAGGAAACCACCAACCUGAGUGUCGUCCUGCACGGCAGCCCUGAGCAAGGGUCUGGUGAGAUCCUGAAUGACACGCUGGAGAGAGUGCAUACUGUGGAUGGUGUCCCUGUUACAGACACUGGCUCGGGGGACGGGGGCUUCCCUGAUGUCAUUGAAGAGGGCUCACCUACGGAAGAAGGGUUAACAGCAACAGCAGCAGCCGAGGUGCCCAUCAGCACUGCCAGGGAAGCAGAGGUCGACAUUGUGCCCACCGGGGGACCGAAGCUCUCCACAUCCACCGAGGACCCCGGGGAAGGGGUCACUCUGGGUCCAGAUGAUGAAGAAGGUUCAGCAGCGACAGUGGCCGGGGAGGCCGAGGUGCCCAUCAGCAGUGCCGGGGAAGCAGAGGCCAGCAGUGAGCCUACCAGAGGACUGACCCUCUCCAUGUCCAUCCAGGACCCUGGGGAAGGGGUCACUCUGAGUCCAAUCAGUGAAGGAGGUUUGACUACAGCAGCAGCUGCAGCAGAAGUGCCCCUCAGCACCUUUGAGGAAGAGGAGGCCAGCGGGGUCCCCACCGAUGGCCUGGCUCCCCUCACACCCACAGCGGCCCCCGAGCAAGUGAUCACUUCUGGUCCUGGCGAUGAAGACUCAGUAGCAGUGGCAACCGAGGAGCCCUUUACGGCAUCUGGGGCAGAAGAGCUGGGCGGCGCCCCCCCGGAGGGGCCCCCGCUCCCCGUACCCACGGUGGCUCCUGAAAGGGGGGUCCCUCUGGGUGAAGCUGAGGAGGGGCUUCCUGGUCUCCCUGGAUCUGCUGGGCCCGCUGGACCCACGGUGGGAGCAGAGGCUGAAGGCUCUGGCCUGGGCUGGGGCUUGGAUGUUGGCUCUGGCUCUGGGGACCUGGUGCGCAGUGAGGAGCUGUUAAGAGGUCCCCCAGGCCCCCCGGGCCCACCUGGCUUACCUGGGAUUCCAGGAAAACCAGGAACCGAUGUUUUCAUUGGACCCCCUGGAUCUCCUGGAGAGGAUGGACCUGCUGGUGAACCUGGUCCCCCGGGCCCUGAAGGGAAGCCUGGACUUAAUGGAGCCUCCGGCCAUCCUGGAAUGAAAGGGGAGAAGGGAGAAAGAGGACCUAAUGGCUCAGUUGGUGAAAAGGGUGAUCCCGGCAACAGAGGCUUACCAGGACCCCCUGGGAAAAACGGACAAGUUGGCACUCCUGGGGUCAUGGGACCCCCAGGGCCUCCUGGACCCCCAGGGCCCCCAGGCCCUGGAUGUGCAACGGGACUUGGAUUUGAGGAUACUGAAGGCUCUGGAAGCAUCAGGCUGUUGCAUGAACCCAGAAUCUCUGGACCAACGGCUUCAAGUGGUCCCAAAGGAGAAAAAGGAGACCAGGGACCUAAGGGCGACAGAGGGAUGGAUGGAGCCAGCAUUGUAGGACCCCCUGGCCCCAGGGGGCCACCAGGGCGCAUCGAGGUCUUGUCUAGUUCUUUGGUCAACAUCACGCAUGGAUUCAUGAAUCUCUCGGACAUUCCUGAGCUGGUCGGGCCUCCGGGCCCUGAGGGCAUGCCUGGGCUGCCAGGAUUUCCAGGUCCCAGAGGACCAAAAGGUGACACUGGUGUGCCUGGAUUUCCGGGACUAAAAGGAGAACAGGGCGAGAAGGGAGAGCCAGGUGCCAUCCUGACGGGGGAUGUUCCUCUGGAAAGGCUGAGGGGCAAAAAGGGUGAACCUGGAGCGCACGGAGCCCCAGGACCGAUGGGGCCCAAAGGACCACCAGGACACAAAGGAGAAUUUGGCCUCCCUGGACGACCUGGUCGCCCAGGACUGAAUGGCCUUAAAGGCACCAAAGGAGAUCGAGGGGUCAUGAUGCCGGGCCCACCUGGCUUACCUGGUCCUCCAGGUCCCCCAGGACCACCUGGAGCUGUGAUUAACAUCAAAGGAGCCAUCUUCCCGAUACCAGUCCGGCCACACUGCAAAACUCUAGUUGGUACCACACAUCCCGGGAAUUCAGAACUCAUCACCUUUCAUGGUGUUAAAGGAGAGAAAGGAUCCUGGGGUCUUCCCGGCUCAAAAGGAGAAAAAGGCGACCAGGGGGCCCAGGGACCACCAGGCCCUCCUGUGGAUCCCACUUACCUGAGACAUUUUCUGAAUAGCUUGAAGUGGGAGAAUGAAGACAGGGGGUUCAAAGGAGAAAAGGGAGACUCUAACAGCGGCUUCUCCGUGUCAGGGCCUCCGGGCCUGCCGGGAAGCCCAGGCCCGGUGGGCCAGAAGGGGGAGACUGUCGUCGGACCCCAGGGACCCCCGGGUGUUCCUGGCCUGCCUGGUCCACCUGGCUUUGGGAGGCCUGGUUCCCCUGGGCCACCAGGACCCCCAGGGCCACCAGGACCUCCAGCUAUCCUAGGAGCAGCUGUGGCCCUUCCAGGUCCACCUGGCCCUCCAGGACAGCCAGGGCUUCCCGGAACCAGAAACCUGGUUACAGCUUUGAGCAACAUGGAUGACAUGUUACAGAAAGCGCAUUUGGUUAUAGAAGGGACGUUCAUCUACCUGAGGGACAGCACCGAGUUCUUCAUUCGUGUCCGAGAUGGUUGGAAAAAGUUACAGCUGGGAGAACUGAUCCCCAUCCCGGAUGACAGCCCUCCGCCCCCUGCACUUUCCAGCAAUCCUCAUCAGCCUCAGCUGCCUCUGAUGUCUGUUUCAAGUGUCAGUUACGGCAGGCCUGCACUGCACUUGGUUGCUCUGAACAUGCCAUUUUCUGGGGACAUCCGAGCUGAUUUUCAGUGCUUCCAGCAGGCCAGGGCUGCGGGACUAUUGUCCACCUACCGAGCAUUCUUAUCCUCCCAUUUGCAAGAUCUCUCCACAGUUGUGAGGAAAGCAGAGAGAUACAGCCUUCCAAUAGUGAACCUCAAGGGCCAAGUGCUUUUUAAUAAUUGGGGGUCAAUUUUUUCUGGCAAUGGAGGUCAAUUCAAUACACACGUUCCAAUAUAUUCCUUUGAUGGCCGAGAUGUAAUGACAGACCCUUCUUGGCCCCAGAAGGUGGUUUGGCACGGUUCAAGCACCCAUGGAGUCCGUCUCGUGGACCAAUACUGUGAAGCAUGGCGAACCGCUGACAUGGCAGUCACAGGCUUGGCCUCCGCUUUGAGCACGGGGAAGAUUCUGGACCAGAAAGUGUACAGCUGUGCUAAUAGGCUUAUUGUUCUGUGUAUUGAAAACAGUUUCAUGACAGACGCGAGGAAGUAA